UUCAUAUUUGAGUGAGCCUGCCGCUUUCUCUUUAGUAGAUCUCCCGCCGUGCAAGCUCCUUUGCAGUGCACAUUUCAUUUCCGACCCCUGCUUGGUUUUCCUGAAACUGGACUCCAGACCUGAUUAAUAAAACAUCCUUUGUGUGCCGCUGGCUGAUCACCGGAGUCCUUUCAGCUGUAUAAGUGGUGAAAGGCGACAUAAUCUUCCUCAGAACAAGAUCUUGGCUGAGAUUGAGCGCACAGGCACAUACUAGGUAGACCACAAAACCCCCCCUGAGGAGGAGCAGCAUGUUAGAGCCCCAGCAGCACGGUGAGCUCCUCCUGCAUGACUCCCCACCGGUGUAUGGGAAGCCGUGGUACUGGCAGCGCAGCAGCAGCAGCAUGGAGAGCACGCGCAGCCUGGCGCACGUCAUCAUGGAGAUGCGCGACGAGAUCAAGAAGCUGGAGGAGGAGAACCGAGAGCUGAGGGGGGACUUUGGACAGCGGGGCAUGUCAGGGGAAUGCAGCAAGGUUUCCCCAGAAUCAGAGAAGCUGGAAAACCCCUACGUGAACCUGAGGAGGAAUGCAUCUGCGCCGGUGUUGGAGGGACAAUACAAAGAGAACACUGUCAUGACUGUCAGAAGGUAUUCUAUUGGCUCCAACCUGUCAGGGGUGACCAUGUCAGAAGGAGGGGUGGACAGGGCACAGAGGAAGGACUCUGGAUGGGGACGACUAAAAGAAGACAUCGACCAUCACCAUGGAAAUGCCAUCUUUGGUAAUUCAGCCAGAGAGGUUAACAACAGGCACUCGCUGCAGGAAUAUGUGCACAAAAACAGGACAAAGGUAAAAACUGUCACAUUCCUUCUACCCGUGGAUGACAUUUACACCAGUAGGCCAGUUCUUAAGAAGCACCAGGAGGGGCCUAAAAUCACAGAGCUGGCCUCAAUAUCUGAGACAGAUUCAUGAGGGAUUAAGCAGAACAUUGAAUCGACUUUGGAUGUGGACCAUGAGACAAAACGCACACAUGGACUUCAUUUAGGUCAGAGUAGAUUGGAGCUCUUACAGAGCGAACCAGCAGACCGAUUUUAUCACACCUGACCACACAAACAGAGGACUCUGGUUACAGGUGUUUGUUUUCACUCUGCCAUGGCGAUCCAGGCCCGGUCAGCAGUGAUGACACCCGAGGGCCUCUUCAGUGAGGAUCAGAUGUCUGGACUCUGCUCUGAACUUUGGGUGUCGUUAUGGGUGCAGGUGACAGCACUUUUACAGACAAUUAUGGCCACUGACUCAGUUCCCGGGAGCAACAUCAAGAGCAUUGUUUAUUUAUCUUUGUAUGUUUUCAUCCUGUAAAAUGAAAUGUGUCGUCAAGGGGGCCACGUGUGUUUUUCAACAUGUGACCAACAAGUCUCUGCGUGGGUACAGAAGGCUCCCUGUAACGCUUACUAGUGUUUCAUGUGAGAAUGUCAAAAUGAAAGCAAAGCACCUUUAACGUUCAUUGAGCCAUUAUUAGAGACAUAUCAGUGUUAUGAAGUGUUCGAAUACAUUUGAAGCUCAUUUAAUGUAAUUUUCUUUAAAAAUAUGCCUUAUUG